AUGGGAGAAAUGUUUCUAGCAUCUAGGCUAAGGCUUCUUAUACUUAAAGAACCCUUGCUAAGGCCGCCUCAGCAAUCCCCAUUCCGGUUGUUCAUUCAAGAGACAAAAACAAAUUUAAGGUUUGAUAUAUACCUGUUUCUCCUACUGUUGAUAACGUGCUUUGGCCUUGCUUUGAUAUUCUUCAGGAGCUCUAGAGAUGGAGGUAAUGUUCUUUUAUACACCAUUGGGUUUCUCCUUAUAUUCUGCUCGUACAAUCUGCAAAAGGUCAUAGAGGCUAAUAGAAUGCUUGGUAAAUCCCUGCCCAACUCAAAUUCCAGUACAUGGUUCUGGAGUGCAUGGGGAAAUCCUUGGCGAGUUAAGUUCAGGGAUUCCUUUGAAAGGAGCCAUCUUUCUAAUCUUCUCUCUCACAUAAGCCUUACGGGACACUCUGAAAAGGAAUCUACAGCAUCUCAUCUGGCUUUGUAUAAAAAUCUUGGGACAGAAGAAGAAAGACAGAAAGAGGAAAAUCCUAGCACUAAGGGACGAGAUAUCAGAAAAAAAACCACUCUUGCGACUCUGGAGAGGAAAAGUCCUAGCAUUCCUGUAGAAAAAAAAUCUUCGGUAAAAGAAAGGACUUACUCGGAAGGUGUUUCCGGGGGAGGCCACCAGGUUUCCAUGGUGUUCAAGGCUCAAGGACAGUCAACAAUUAAUAGAAAUGCCGGAAAUGGCGAAAAGAGAAAAGUCUUUCUUGGGAAUCUUAUGAAAAUUUUCCAGUUCAAGGCAGAAAAUGAUGAAAAUUUGAAGAGGCAUGUCUUGAAUCUAAGGAACAUUGAAAUACAAGUAGAGAGAAUCCUAGAGGAGUUUACUAACGUGUUUAAGUUAUUUAUGAAGGAAGCAGAGAAAAUUGAAGAUGAAAUGGUUGAAUUCAAUGCUUCUACAAGGUAUUUGAAUAUAUCUUUAAACGAGCUAAGGAUGGAAAUCAAGAAAUAUUUUUCUAAUCUUCCAAAUGCUAGGGCCAGCCAGGAGAUUCUAAACUACCUUUCGACGCUAGCAAGGAAUUAUCAAGACAGCGAAAACACUGGUGGCGGAGACAUACGUCCAGUAAUCCGAUACGAAAACAAAAUAAUGUUUUUUCUUGGAGUCCAGAUGGUUCUCUGCCUGGUUUUAUUUCUUGCAGCCCUGGCAAGGCUUGAAGCCAUCACUUCCAUUCUAAAGCCUAUUGUGUCUGUGGGCCUUAUAGUAGUGACUCUAUCAAGUGUUCCGUUCCUUCUCAAUGGACAAAUGCUUGAUAGAAGCUGCAAGUCAGGGUCUAUCAAAGGAUGUAGCUUCACGUCAACGCACAUUGGAGGAGUUACAAGGCUUGAAGUAGUAUCCAAGGCUAAUGGUCUUGAAAGCCAGCUAGGGGCUAUCUUGAAAGAGAGUGAAUAUAUCGCAGAGAUUUUAAGGCUGUACGUCAAAUCCAUGAUGGACACAAGAGUUAAUGCAAAGAUGUCUGUGUUCUCAAACUUAUUUAACAAGAUAUUAUUUGUGUAUGACGACUUCGAUCACUUGACGAAAAGAAAGGUUGAGAAAGGUAUGUUUUUUAGCUACAUAAAGAUGAUGAGCAGGCUCUUGGAAAACAUUACAGGUCUGUUAGAGUUUUCGGAGCGAAAAGACAUGGUGGAUAUUUAUGUUAACGAAAGAGCCUUUCUGUUUUGGUUGAGUGCUGACAAGGACUCCGUAGUUGAAUCUAUUCGGGAAAUUACAGAGGCAGGGCCGCAGAACCGGUCUGAGAUGCCUCCAAAAUGGUGUGUAUGUGCAUUAGAGGGAAUAUGCGAUGGCAAGGACGGAAUGGAUAUCCUGUUUCUAUUAACUCUAAUCGGGGGCCCGGCCUUCCUGAUUUUUCUGUAUCUUUAA